UCACAUAACCGUAGCUUUGGAUUCUUUUUGUAAACGGUAAACAAAGCAAAGCAAAGCAACCGUCCAUACAUACGCAACCAAUUAACAAGAGUGAAUGUGACCUUUCGCCUAAACUAAACUUCCUCUCCCUCCCCUUCUUCCAGGAAUAGGAUACUCAUAUAGCCCAAGCCCAAGCCCAAGCCCAAGCCCAAGCCUCAGUUCAGAACCAACAAUGCCCGUCGCCACGAAGCUCGAAACGCGAGGCAUUUUGAAACCUGGCGGAAACAGAGUAAGCGUUUCGGGAGAGGCUAUAGAGAAGAAGCUGAAGCCCAAGGUCCCUGACUCCGCUCUGCAAAGGAACGUCAAGCGUAACCCCGUCAGGCUUCUGCCUCCCAAGACCUGUGAAUGGAUCACUCCUAACUCUGAUCCCCUUUAUAUUGCUUUCCAUGAUGAAGAAUGGGGUGUUCCAGUUGAUGAUGAUAGAAAGCUAUUUGAGCUUCUUGUCUAUUCACAAGCAUUGGCAGAACGCAGUUGGCCAGCAAUUCUUAACCAGAGAGACAUAUUCAGGAAGUUUUUUGAAAAUUUUGAACCAUCAUCAGUUGCACAGUUUACUGAGAAGAAAUUGCUCUCGCUGAAAAUAAACGGCAACUCGUUGUUAUCAGAACCAAAGCUCCGUGCCAUUGUGGAAAAUGCUAAAAAAUUACUUAAGGUUCAGCAGGAGUUUGGUUCAUUUAGCAAUUACUGCUGGAGAUUUGUUAACCACAAACCGAUAAGAAAUGAAUUCAGAUAUGGACGUCAAGUACCCGUGAAGACUCCAAAAGCAGAAGUCAUUAGCAAGGACAUGAUGCGUAGAGGUUUCCAUUGUGUGGGACCCACUGUAGUUUAUUCGUUCAUGCAAGUAGCGGGACUCGUUAAUGACCACCUAUUAACAUGCUUCAGGCACAACGAAUGCAAAGUGGCAACCAAAAACGAAUUUAAAAACGAGGUUAAGGAGAAGGUACAAAAUGAAACUUUGGAGUUGACAUGAACUCAAUAACUGAAGGCCGUUUAACUGAAGGAUAUGUUCCAAGCCGCGGGGUCGAUUGUCAUUGUUUCUUAUUAUUGUAUUGUAUGCUAUAAUUUUAUUCUUUCCUAAUCUGUUUGUAUCUCACCCAACCUAACCAGAAAAUGAUAGGCCUCAUCUUGUUAUCGGUGUUCCCACGUGAAGGUGCAUGUUUCUUUUAAUACACUUGGAUAAUAAGUUGCUGUUCUAAUCUGUUUGUGUUCUGUAAUAAAUUUCCAACUUAAUUUUGCCACCC